GUUUAAAGAAGAAAGACAAUGCACUGCAACGGUGCUAUCCACUCGAUCUCGUAACUGAACUUGUCUUUCCACUUGUUUACUUGUCCUUCUUCGUCUUCUCCUUGGCUUUUUUAAUUGAGUUCAACCGAAUCAUCCCAUGAUAUGUCCAGGGCUCCAGGCUUCGCGAAGGUACGGAGGCGUGUCCUCUCUGCGUGUCCGUCGUGUUCGACUGUUCUCGGCCCCUCGACGUGUCCCCGCUUGCUGUCCCGCAGCUGCGGCCUAUAUAAUCUAAAGCAGGGCAGAUCAAUCGAAGCCAAGUCAAGCAAUAGCCCAAGUAAUCUUGUUUUCAGAGUGAAAUUUGCAGUUGUUCUCAGUUCGUGUUCGUAGUGUACGUGAGAGAUGGCAUCCAACCAGGAGCAGGCGAGCUACCGCGUCGGCGAGGCCAAGGGCCACACCCAGGAGAAGACGGGGCAGGUGAUGGACGCGGCCAAGGACAAGGCGUACGAGGCCAAGGACCGGGCGGCGGGCCUGGCGGGGAACGCGUCCGGCCAGGGGCAGGGCGCCACGGAGGCCGCCAAGCAGAAGGCCGGCGAGGCCAAGGACAAGACCUCCGAGACGGCGCAGGCGGCCAAGGACAAGGCUGCCGGGACGGCGCAGGCCGCCAAGGACAGGACGACGGAGACGGCACAGGCCGCCAAGGACAAGACCGUCGAGAGCAAGGACCAGACCGGCAGCUUCCUCGGCGAGAAGACGGAGCUGGCGAAGCAGAAGGCGGCCGAGACGGCGCAGUACGCCAAGGACUCCGCCGUGGCUGGCAAGGACCAGACCGGCAGCGUCCUCCAGCAGGCCACCGAGACGGUGAAGGGCGCGGUGGUGGGCGCCAAGGACGCGGUGGUGAACACGCUGGGGAUGGGCGGCAACAACGCCAGCAACGGCGCCGCCAAGGACACCACCAGCGUCACCGAGAAGAUCACUGGGGAUCACUAGAUGAAUGCUUUGCAGCUUAAUUUGCUCUCCUUUCAUUCCUUCUCAUACAUUUUCAUAAUUUCCAAGCACACAUUUGGUUGCAGCUUUGCUUUUGGUGUAUUUACGUGUCUAGAGCCUGUAUGGUAUGGAUGUUGUAUGGUCGAGUCCGGCGAUGAUGUCUGAAUUCUUUUUUAUUCGUCAGCCAUCUCAGUUUCAAAUUCCAGUACGCUGUAAUAAAAAAAUAUCAAGGUGGUACUUCAAUUUACAUGUACGGUAUGUUGCCAUGGUUUGUUUA